AUGGAUCGGGCCCAAGGCAGGAGCAUAGACCGGGUCUGGAGCAAGAACCGAAUCGGGAGUACAGACUGGAGCAGGAGGAUCUGGAGCGAAACCUGGGGCAUACGGGUCAUCCCCCGUCAACAAGUGCGCGUAGCUGUCAUAGUCAAAGAGGGGGAGAGAGUGCGUGUGUUUACACGUGACAACGUGGUUACUUGUCUGCUCCCCCCUGGCACCCACUUCCCACCGGCCACCUCUUGCGUGUGUAUAUAUAUAAACGACACCGGAUUGAUCUCGCAGUUGCAUUUCUACCUUGACCUACUUUCACCACCUGUUACGCCAUUUUCUUUGAAAACAAGUAAUCAGUCAAACAUGAGCCAAUCCGAUGAAGUUGCUGCAUUUCCACAAAAGCGGACUCCUCGUCUGAAUGAGAGGAUCCUCUCUUCUAUGUCCAGAAGAUCUGUUGCUGCUCAUCCUUGGCACGAUCUUGAGAUAGGAGCUGAAGCACCAAAAACUUUCAAUGUUGUUAUUGAGAUUACAAAAGGGAGCAAAGUCAAAUAUGAACUUGACAAGAAAACUGGUCUGAUUAAGGUUGAUCGUAUCUUGUAUUCAUCAGUGGUUUAUCCUCACAAUUAUGGAUUCAUUCCUAGAACACUAUGUGAAGAUAAUGAUCCAAUGGAUGUGUUAGUCCUUAUGCAGGAGCCUGUUCUUCCUGGUUGUUAUCUCCGAGCUAGGGCCAUAGGGCUGAUGCCAAUGAUUGAUCAGGGUGAGAAGGAUGAUAAAAUUAUAGCAGUCUGUGCAGACGACCCUGAAUAUCGCCAUUACACUGAUAUCAGCCAGCUACCCCCUCACCGUUUAGCUGAAAUCCGCCGUUUCUUUGAAGAUUACAAGAAGAACGAGAACAAGGAGGUCGCAGUUAACGAGUUUCUGCCCUCGGAUACUGCUUUCGAGGCUAUUCAGUACUCCAUGGACCUCUACGCGGAGUAUAUUAUGUACAAUUUGAGGAAAUAGGUUGAUGCCUGAAGGUGCAACAGAGCUAUUGUUCUGUUUUUGUUUCAACAUCUUACAUUAUCAGAGCCCAUCAACAUUUCUACUCUCGACUGUUGUUUUAUUUGUGAUUUUAUUUUGCUUGGGAUGUUGACAUGUUUUGUUUUCGACAACAUUAUAUACAUUUUACAAAUUAAGAUACUUAACAUUGCUAUGACAAUCGACAACAUUAUACAUUUUGCAAAUUCAGAUACUUAACAUUGCUAUGACAAA